UAGCUGACAUGCGGUUUAUGUGCUAAAGGGAUCUAAAAAUGUGGAUACCGACCGAACAUGAGAAAUAUGGAGUGGUGCUGGCAAACUUUCGUGGAACAGUUCAGCAUGGACUGCCUCUGGAGAUUGGUGACACAGUGCAGAUUUUGGAGAAAUGUGAAGGAUGGUACCGAGGAUUCAUUGUAAAGAAUCCAAAUGUCAAGGGAAUAUUCCCAAGCAGUUUUAUUCAUCUGAAACAUGCCCACAUCAAGAACAAGGGGCAAUUUGAGACAGUCAUCCCUACAGAGGAGUCGGUCAUUACAGAGAUGACGGUGACUUUGAGAGACUGGGGUACCAUGUGGAAACAGCUUUAUGUGAAGAACGAGGGCGAGCUCUUCCACAGACUCUGGCAUGUCAUGACCGAGAUUCUUGAACUAAGACGGCAGGUUCUUCUCGGUCACCUGACCACCGAACGCAUGACAGAAAUCAAACAGCACAUUGUAGCGCGGCUCGACUGGGGAAACGAGCAGUUGGGAUUGGACUUGGUGCCCAGAAGGGACUUUAGCAUGGUGGACCCUGACGACAUCAGUGUCACCGAGCUCUACCGGCUGAUGGAGCGACGGCAUCGUAAGGGGGAAUUCGCAGUGCAGGCCAACAUGCAUCACCUGUUCCUGCAGACCAACAGCCUGCUGAACGGCAGCGUGGCCGAGGAGCUCGAAGUCUUCUUCUUUAUCUACGAUAGCAGAGAGAUGCGACCAGUCAGCGAGAGGUUCUUGGUGCGCCUCAAUAAGCAAGGAGUUCCUAAAUCACCUGAGAGGACUGAAAGACAGUGUACACUCUUUGUCGAUUUGGGAAGUAGCGAUCUUCGCAAAGAUGUAUAUGUUGUAGCUCAUAUUUUUAGAAUAGGGAAGAUGGUGGCCGGUGAGAAGAAGGCUGUGUCGAACACUCAGUACAGGCGGCCGUUUGGUUGUGCUGUGAUCAGCUUGUGUGAUCUGCUCACUACCGACUGCAAGGACGAGCAUCUGCUCAAAGUUUACUCAUGCAACACUGAAAGCGAGUGGUAUCAGAUACAUGACAACAUCAUUCGGAAGGUCAGCUCUCGAUACAGCCAGGUCGGAUCUAGCACGGGAUUGGCUGUGUCAUUACAGCUGCUGCAUGGAGACCUGGAGCAAAUCCAGAAAGAGUAUAUGCGUCUGUUCACCGGCAACGUCUCCAUUACUAAGAGACUGGGCUUCUCCGACAUUAUCAUGCCAGGUGAAAUCAGGAAUGACCUGUACGUGACCCUGGAGAGAGGGGAGUUUGAGAAAGGAGGAAAGAGCGUGGCACGAAACGUGGAAGUCACCGUGUAUCUGCUGGGAGCUGAUGGCCAGGUACUAAAGGGUUCGGUGUGUUCAGGUUCCGGAGAGCCGGGGCAGGAUGAGUUUCAUUCGUUCGUUCUGUACCACAGUAACAGUCCUCGCUGGUCAGAGCUGAUUAAACUGUGUGUUCCUCCAGAACUGUUCAGACUGUCUCACCUACGCUUCGAAUUCCGUCACUGCUCAACAAAAGAGAAAGGAGAGAAGAAGCUGUUUGGGUUCUCUUUUGUACCACUGAUGCAGGAGGAUGGGAGAACACUGCCGGAUGGAACUCAUGAGCUCAUCGUCCACAAGUGUGAAGAGACAGCAAACCUACAGGACUUAUCUCGCUACCUCACGCUUCCGUACUCAAAGGCCAGUCUGCAGGCAGGCACCAACCUGACCAUCAAAAACAGCAAAGAAUCCUUCUGGAUCAUCUCAACACUCUGCUCCACCAAACUCACACAGGAUGGUGACAUGUUGGAUUUGCUGAAAUGGAGAACCCAUCCAGACCGGAUCAUGGACUGCCUGUCCAAACUGAAGGACACUGAUGGAACAGAGACUGUCAAGUUUCUGCAGGACACCUUGGACACUUUGUUUGCUGUUUUAGACGACAGCCCACAGAGAUACGGCCUGAAAGUGUUUGACUGCCUGGUGCAUGUCAUUAACUUGCUGCAGGACAGUAAAUUCCAGAACUUCAAGCCCGUCAUGGACAACUACGUUGAGAAUCACUUUGCUGGUGCUCUGUCAUACAGAGAUUUGAUCCGAGUCUUGAAGUGGCAUGUGGAUCGGAUCAUUGAUGCAGAGCACCAUGAACAGAUCCAGCAGGUCCUGAAGGCAGCAGAGUACCUGUUCAAGUUCAUCGUGCAGUCUCGGAGACUGUACGCCACAGCGAUGGCCGCGCAGGGGGAGGAGGAGUUCCGCUGCUCCAUUCAUGAACUCUUCAAAUCCAUCCACCUGUUUCUGUCUCACGAAAGUAAAGGAAUCAGCCCUGUUACACACACACAGGCUGUGUUUCUGAGGUCCUUCCCCACCGUAUGCUGCGAGCUGCUGAAGGUGUUCGGGGUGCGUGAGGUGGCGAACCUGGCACGCGACACAUUGAGUAGCCUGCCUGCUCCCACACAUACCGAGUGUCCCCUACAGGCCGUCAAGCUACAGUGUGUGGCCAAGACUGUGGAGAGCCCACUUUAUACCAACCCAGAGUCGAGGUGUGUACUCCUGCCUAUGGUCCUGCAUCUUCUUCACACGUACCUGCAGGAGCAGAAGGAGUUGGUUCUGUGUGCCAACAUUCUCACCAGCAUGUUGUCACUGGUGCACAAAGACACAAACAUGGAGUGUGUAGCAUCAGAAGAGGUGAAUGUAAUAAUGGACAGCUUAUCUGGAGUGUUAUUGAGGACCAUACUGGAAGUGACCAAUCGUCCUCAGCCAGCGGCCUCGUCACUGCGUCUGCAGUAUCAGGACGUCACUGGGGAAUUUGUGGCCUGUUUGCUGACCCUUCUGAGACAGCUGAGUGAUAAAGACUAUCAGAAGCUUCUCAGUCGAUUCUCCACUAAGGACGAGCUGGCGAAUUUUCUCCUGCAGCUUUUCACUGUGUUCAGAAUACUUAUCAGACCUGACAUGUUUCCUAAAGACUGGACCGUCAUGAGAUUGGUCACUAACAAUGUGAUCAUUACUUCAGUCCUCUAUCUCUCCGACACACUGCGCAGCAACUUCCUUAAUGAGAAAUUUGACUUCAAGGUAUGGGAGUCCUAUUUUCAUCUCUCUAUAAUAUUCGUCAUCCAGCCGUGUCUACAGCUUGAGACGUUCCCGCCAUCCAAGAGGAAGAAAGUGCUGGAAAAGUAUGGAGACAUGCGGGUGAUGAUUGGAUGCGAGAUCUUCAGCAUGUGGCAGAAUCUGGGAGAAUAUAAAGUGAACCUGAUCCCUUCUCUGAUUGGUCCGUUCCUGGAGGUGACCCUGGUGCCCCAGCCAGAUCUGAGGAACGUCCUUAUUCCUGUCUUUCAUGACAUGAUGGACAACGAAGAACGUCGCAGUGGCAACUUCAAACAGGUGGAAGCAAAGCUGAUAGAUAAGCUGGAGAGUCUGAUGUCGGAAGGUAAAGGAGACGAGACCUACAAGGAGCUUUUCAACAACAUAAUCCCACUGUUUGGUCCGUACCCAAGCUUGCUGAAGAAGAUUGAGAGAGAGACGUGGAGAGAGAGUGGAGUUUCUCAUAUAGCCACUGUAACUCGCCUUAUGGAACGUCUACUGGACUACAGGGACUGUAUGAAGAUUGGCGAGGUUGACGGGAAAAAGAUGGGCUGUACCGUCAACCUGCUGAACUUUUACAAGACUGAGCUGAACAAAGAGGAGAUGUACAUCCGCUACAUUCAUAAACUGUAUGAGCUUCACCUGAAAGUCCAGAACUACACAGAGGCAGCAUACACCCUCCUACUGUAUGACGAGCUGUUGGAAUGGACAGAGAGACCUCUGAGGGAGUUCCUCACCUACCCCAUGCAGAGUGAAUGGCAGAGAAAAGAGUGUCUCCAUCUCACCAUCAUACACAACUUUGACCGGGGAAAGUGCUGGGAGAACUGUAUCAUCCUCUGCCGAGAGCUGGCCAGUCAGUACGAGGCUUACUAUGACUACAGAAACCUGAGUAAAAUGAGGCUCAUGGAGGCGUCUCUCUAUGAUAAGAUAAUGAACCAGCAGAGGCUUGAACCAGAGUUCUUCAGGAUUGGGUUCUAUGGCAAGAAGUUUCCCUUCUUCUUACGGAAUAAAGAGUUUGUAUGUCGAGGGAAUGACUAUGAGCGACUGGAAGCGUUUCAGCAGAGGAUGCUAAGCGAGUUUCCUCAUGCCAUCGCCAUGCAGCAUGCCAACCAGCCCGAUCAGACCAUCCUGCAGGCGGAAGCACAGUACCUGCAGAUCUACGCCGUCACUCCUGUACCAGAGAAUCAGGACGUACUGCAGAGAGACGGAGUGCCCAACAACAUCAAGAGCUUCUACAAAGUCAAUCACAUCUGGAGGUUUCGUUACGACCGACCCUUCCACAAGGGCACCAAGGAUAAAGAGAACGAAUUCAAGAGUCUGUGGGUGGAGAGGACCACACUGAGCUUGGCGCAGAGUCUCCCAGGCAUAUCUCGCUGGUUCGAGGUGGAAAAACGGGAGCUGGUAGAAAUGAGUCCUUUAGAGAACGCCAGCGAGGUGAUUGAAAACAAAACCCUGCAGUUGCGCACUUUGAUCGCUCAGUGCCAGAUGAGACAGAUGCAGAACAUCAACCCGCUCACCAUGUGCCUGAACGGUGUGAUCGAUGCCGCUGUCAACGGAGGACUCGCCCGCUACCAGGAGGCUUUCUUUGCAAAAGAUUACAUUUCCAAUCACCCGGAGGAUGGAGAUAAGAUUACCCGUCUCCGAGAGCUCAUGUUUGAGCAGGCUCAUAUUUUGGAGUACGGCUUAGCUGUGCAUGAGAAGUUUGUUCCACAGGACAUGAGACCACUGCACAAGAAACUGGUCGACCAGUUUCAUGUGAUGAGAUCCAGUCUGGGCAUACAGCCGCAGGAGUUUCCAGCGUAUGUGCGGGUUAGUCCGCUACAUUUCGCCAACGGCAGUCCUCGGACCUGCAGGACUCCCGUACCCAACGCCAUCAGCCCGGACGGAGGCCGCAUAGUGACAAGACGCAGUCCGCUGAGUUACCCGGCUGUGAAUCGUUACUCCUCAUCCUCACUGUCGUCUCAGGCCUCCAACGACGUGAGCAACAUUACUGGCCAAUCAGAGAGCUCGGAUGAAGUUUUUAACAUGCAGCCGAGUCCAUCUACCUCAAGCCUGAGCUCCAAUCACUCCGGCUCUCACAACAUGAUCAACCCGGCUCCCUCAAGCAAUAGAGAUUCUCAUCCGUCUGCUUCUCCACUGCCACUGGACAAACACAAGCAUUCCAGAGAGAACGCAUGCCUCUCACCCCGAGACCGACUGUGCAGUGGACUAUUCUCAAACUCACUGGACCCUACACAGAGGAUGAUGCCAUUUCAGAUAGAUGCCAGUCUGCCAAGAUGUGAAGCCAUUCUCCCAACAGCAGAGAAUGCAUGUCAAGGCAAACACAUCAGGUCUCUGUCUCCUAUGCCAACAUCAAAGUCCCCUCAAAAGACCUCAAUUCCUCCCCUCACUCCUUCUCCUAUCGAUGGUUUACCCGCUGGCAGCCUGGCAUCCCACUCACCCGCCCGCUCAGGCAGCUACAGCAGUGGCAUUUCAUCUCUGAGCCGCUGCAGCGUGUCUGAUACCUGUGGAAUCGAUGCCACGCUACCCGAGCCAACCAUACCUGCGGAAAACGCUGUACGGCGCGGGAGCAAGACGCCCCCUCCUUACAGCGUGUUCGAGAAGAACAAUCCACGCCGUGUCACCCCAUUGCCUCACAGUCUGUCUGUGCCACCUGCCCCAGAGAGCACCAACCUGUCCUCCAAACCGCAACUGAGUCGCGCCCAGAGGAUCAAUUCAGAGUCCCGGCACAGGAUCACACCGAGGAAGGUGUCCCAGCUGUAGGAUCUCAGACUCACAGUGCCAGUUCCAGUUAUUCCGAAUGUUUAGUUCUAGUCAAGUCAAGACGAUUGAACUUGUGAUACGAUCUUAGACGUUUCUUCUACA